AUGGCUUCUCGUCCACCGUCAAUAUCAUUUACCAAGGAAGCAACUAAUUAUGCACGACUUUGUCGACUCCUGAUUGGAGUGGGCUCCCAGGUAUUACGAGAGAAAUUCAAUAGCAUCCAUGACCCUGCAAAUCUCCAUGUUAUACUUCACAGUUGUAUGCCUAACCUGGAGUCUCUAAGAUCCAGAAGGAUCCUUAGCCAAGCACAGUGGGACUCCAUGAACCCAGCCGUACACGAAACGGUUUCAUCUGAGAAUUUUGACAUCUCUACCUUGUGCGUGCUCUUGAUAAACAUCUGUAACCUACCACCUCCAGCAACAGGUUGGAGACGCCUUCCAGCUCCAACGGAUUACUCUCUUGGGGCAGACAUUAUAAGAAUGAGACAUUUCAGAAAUUCCUUGUAUGCGCAUGUCACGAAGGCCUCCAUUGAUGAAACCAGCUUCAACAGCUAUUGGAGUGACAUUCGAGAGGUGCUAGUGAGAUUAGGAGGGGCGAGGUAUGACGAUGUGAUAAGAAAAAUGAAAACUGAGUGCAUGGAUCCUGAUACUGAAAAAGGUUACAAAAGCCUUUUAGACCAUGUAGUGUCUCUAGGAGGUAUCCCAGGUAUACCGUCGUCGCCGGGUGGUUUACCACGAAAUCUUCCGUAUUUAACCGCACACUUUGUUGGAAGAGACGUGGACGUAAAUGAAAUCUUGACGAAACUGCAGACCUUUCGUAUGGUUGUUCUUCUUUCCAUCCCGGGAAUGGGUAAGACUGAAGUGGGAAUCCGUGUAAGUCACUUGUUAAAGCAAAGGGGAGACCAGUUUGUAACGCAUAUUCGAGUAGAAAGUCAUCAUCAGAAGCUCGAAGACAUCUGCAGUGAGAUUCUUGAUCGACUGAGUAGUCGCACCUUUUCGGAAACUGCUAAUUUUAAGUCUCUUGCGAAGCGUAAACUAUCGGAGCGAAAUAUCCCAACUGUCAUUGUACUAGACAAUACAGAGAAUAUACAGGGCGAGGAAUUUGAUGAAUUCGCUCAAUGGCUUGUGAAAUCUGCCCCGAAUGUAAAGCUGGUAGUCACUACUCGAAGACAUGUUGGAUUCGUGUCGCCAGACGUUUGUAAGUUCCCUCUCGCACCUUUGGAUCCCGACUCGUCUGCUAAACUACUUCGGAGUCUUGUUGAUGACUGUAGCGAGGAACACUCCAAGGAACUUGCUAAAUUAUGUGGUGGGAUACCACUCCUGCUUGUGACCUGUUCUGACUUGCUGAACAAUGGUUUUAGUCGCGAGCUAUUAAUCCAACAGCUCGUGAAUAAUGCCAUAAAACUUUUCAGGAUCAGUGCGAAAGAUGUUUAUAACACGCUGGAAGUAUUUUUUGACAAUUUUUCCGAUGAGGUAAAAGAAAAUCUUGUUCUUUUUUCUGUUUUCCCAUCGGAGUUCACAGCUCAAGACAUUCAGUUUCUUUUUGAAGAUCCUUUACUCUGUGAAAAUGUGAAGACCAGGAUGGUCAAGUAUGCUCUUCUUCAGAGGGACGCCGAUGGAAAGAUGAGGAUGCAUCCUUUGGUCCAAGCCUACUUCCGGACGGAGAAUGAAUCACUAGGCAAGGGUGACCUGUGGCGCGCCACUCAGCGUAAAUUUAACCAUCAUUACCUUGAUCAGCUGAGAGUCUUGGGCAAAGAUUUUAUUAGCAAAGAUUCAGCUUUGGUUGCGAUCCGUAAGUUUCGACUGCGGAAAGCGAACGUCAUGGAAGCGCUGAAGAAUUGUCUCGAAGACUCUAGCGAUUUAGAUGACAAAAAUUUCGUUUUAGACGUCGUCAACAGUACAGAAGUGCUGGAUUUUGUGGCAAAAGUCCUAACACCCCCUAAAGAGUGCACACUGCUGUACCAGAAAUGCUGUGAUAUUGCUGAAGCGUCUGGCGAUAAGAAGAGGCAUGCAGAGAGCUUGAAUUCACUGGGAUUCCGUCGUCUCUGUGACGUGUCUCACAGCAAAGACAGCCCAGAAGAAAACCAAGUCACGCUUGCAAAGUUUCAGGAAGCAUAUGAAAUGCGCAGGACACUACCAGAAGAAGAAAAAGAGUCCCAAACGCAUGCGCACACAGCCAGUAAGCUUGGAGUAUGUUUUGUAUUGCAGGGAGAAGAAAAAAAAGGACGAGAGCUCAUACGGGAAGGGAUUUCAAUAAGAAAUUCUUUAAGUAACUGUUUGUAUGUUGCUGCUGGAUACUGUGACCUUGGAAUUUCUUAUCGACUGAGUGGUGAUCAUCAAAAAGCAAUCGCUAUAUGGAAAGAGAACACCAUUUCUGUUUACGAAGAGCAACUUGGUGACCACCCCUGGACAGCUUCAAUUUUGUCCUACAUCGCUGACUCGUACAAGUCCCUUGCGGCUAAAGGCUAUGAGCGAGAUUACAUCGACCAGGCAGAGAGGUACUUCAGGAAGGCUCAAGAGCUACGAAAGAGGCUGUUGGGUCAUCAUCAGGAUACAGCUCGUUCGGGCGUUCAGCUUAGCGAUAUCUUAGUCCUUCAAGGACGAUUCGAUGAGGCUUUGGAGGAGCUCGAAGAGGCCUUAGUAAUUCAAAAGGAUAUUCUGGGCCCCGACCACAAGAUCACAAAGAAUACUGUGAGCAAAAGGAGUGAUGUGAUGGGCAAACGAGGAUCAAAUCCUCGUUAAUUGCAUAUCUUCAAAACCGAAACUCGAGGUAAACUUCUUGGGUCUUGAUGAACAGACUGAAGCAUGUAUACAAAACUUAGGCCAACCAGUAUCUCAUCAGUGUUGCAAGGAGAUCUUCUAAAUUCAUUGGCACAAUGUAAAAAUCAAGUUUUUCCUUCUUUUAUCAUCGUUACGUACGAUUUUUAUAGUUUGGUUCAUCCUUAUCGUCUGUAUUGUGUUUCGGUUUUGUGUUUCGGUAUUGACAUGCCACAAAAUUAAAGCGUAUUGUUACACUUCAAAAGAAAAUUACUUCAGUCGUUGCUAAAAAGCCUUUCAAUGCCCAUACUAAACCCAUAAGGAUUGAAAAUUAUUGCAUUUUCCGACUAUUCAUUUGUUUCAAAUUGAGAAGUUUAUGGAGCACAAUUCAGGGAGUAAUCGUGCAAAUAAUUAAACAUAGUUAAACCUGAGCCCGGUUGUACGAAGUCCGAUUAGAUUAACCCAUGGUUAAAUUUUACUCCGUGUUUCUUUAUUCACUUUUUUCAGAUAAUUCCCUUUCUUCUUAUUUGGGCAUUCAAUCAUUAAAUUGUAUACAAGAGGAAUAAUACUGAAUUUUCUUUUACAGCUUUUAGAUCUGAAAGCAGAUUUCACACUAACCCUGGGUUACCUUAACACAACCUGGCCCUGAUUUGUAGGACUGAUUGCCAGACGAGCUAAACUCGGCCAUGAAAUAUUUAAUGUCAGGACAGACGUCUAGCUAAAGUUAAUUUCAUCCAUUUUUCUUGUCUUCAAACUGAACCUGAGCAACCUACUUCCGAUAGAUUUUUCCUUGAUUUUCAUUGGCUUCGAUAUGUGUGAGAUUUGAAUUUCAUGGCUAGUUAACAACUAUUCAGAUGGAGGUGGCUAAUGGUGGAUUUUAUCACCAUCGUUAGACAUCGACAUUAAAGGUGAAUAGUAGUUUUAGUAUAUAUUAAAACAGUGAGAUACUUAGGCCCAAAAAGAUGAUUUUAACUCUUUUAGUCCUGCAAUGAUUACAAUACUUAUUGGCGCAAAUCCCGUGGCCAUUGCUCGGAGGUGAAUAGCAAAGGAUAUUCGGAGUAUGAGUGGCCAAUCAGAGCGCACCUCCAACGCUUACCACUGUUUUCGUAUAUACCACUAAAAUUUAGUGGCCUAGUUUCCAUUGACUGGUCCAGUGAAAAGGUACGGCUAAUUAGACAGGUAAAAUUGUACAGUUCGGUGACUACCUAGUUAGAAAAAGUGAGAAAUAAACGCUGUUAGGGAUUAAUUAGAUUCGAACACUUUGCUACUGACACAACUUUCUAAGAGGAAGCAGAUUUAGCUUCUCCCAUCCGGGGAAAUACUUUUCUGUCAACAGUGCAUGUUUGUAAGUAGAUUACGAGUAGUCCCUCCUUUUCGGCGAAG